AUGGGCCUUCUCACCAAGGGAAGUCCCUUGAGUUGGGAAGAGACUGUACCGUACAUCGAAUACAUCAAGGUUUGAGAGAGAUUCGGAUGGAUCAAUAACUUUUUGCCUUUUUCAGAAACAUGGAAUCGCUCAGUUCAUUAAUCUUUACCACCGACUGAAGUCUCGACAAGGAGAUCAGUUGAAAUGGGGAGACGAAGUGGAAUACACGAUUCUGAAGUUUGAUGAUGAGAACAAAAAGGUAUAACUUUGAGUUUUCUGCAAACUGGCUAUUCUUUAUAAACCUGAUCACGGUUUAGGAAGUCUCAUUUUGCAAAAAUAUCUUUUUUUUUCGAAAAAAAAAAGAGGGCUCAAAGAGGGAUAAUAGGCUAUUUCGUUUGAUUUUAAUAGCUUUGUUUCAAUUUGAAGCUUCCUUUCUCCAAAAUUAGAAAUGAUAGGUUGAGACUUUGAGUACUAUCAAGGAAGUUGGCCGAUUCACAGAAGAUUUUCGACUGGGAAGUGAAAUGACCUUCCUUUCAAGGUACGUGUUUCUUGUCGCGCGGAAGAGCUCCUGAGUCGGCUUUCGGCUGAAGAAGAGGUGAACGCGCUUGUCGGAACGGCCAACAGGUGUCUUUGGCGUCCCGAGUUCGGUUCCUACAUGAUUGAGGGCACUCCCGGCUCCCCUUACGGCGGUUUGAUUAUUCCUUCAUGCGCGAUGUAGUUUUUCACAUUUCAGGCCUCAUCGCUUGCUUCAACGUCGUCGAAGCGAACAUGAAGAUGCGUAGAAAAGAAGUGCAGCGGCUACUGAAGAAGGUUACCGAGAAGAAUCUCAAGACCAAGUUUUUUUAAAGUAAAAUAUUGUGUUUGAUUCAACUUCCUCAGUUAAUCUUUCUUCAAAAAGACGAACAAAUGGAAUACUUGUAGAAAAAUUCUAAUUGUGUGGCAUUGAAAUUUUUUGGAAAAUUUCUUUAAUUUUUUUUUUUUGACGAACGCAUUGAAUAUUAUUCUGCAACCUUUUAUAUUUAAAAAUUCACUGUACCGGUUUUUUUUUGAGUUUUGAGUUUUGAAAGAAAGAAAAGAGGACAAUUUGGUGCCGUUAUUAUAUAUUGGUUUCUGGACAACAAAGGCGUCUUUAAGUGUUUAAAAUUGCAGGGGGAGUCGAUUUUGUCGAUUUCCUUCCCAUCAUUAGGAGCAUCGGACUUCACAUCGCCGUCUUUCAAACCAAAUCCGGAGAGCAACGAGUCGGCUGGAAGCAUUUUCUGGCCAGAGCAGGCUGUCUUUUUAGGUCACCCAAGGUGAAUUAAUUCACAAAAAAAAAACCUAAUUUCGAGUUUAAGAUUCAAAAAAACUUGACGAAAAACAUCCGAGGCCGUCGAGGGAGCAAGGUCGCAAUCAAUGUACCAAUUUUUAAAGAUACCAACACGCCAAACCCUUAUGUUGUAAGUGACUUCAAUUACUCUUUUUUUUGAUUCUCAGCUGAAUUCAAAAAAGUUUGUUUUAAUUGCGUAUUUUUCCAUUAGAAUUUGUGUUCACUGAAAAUUGGAAAAAAAUAAAAAUAAAUUGUCACUUUUUCUCGAAAAGUGUUUUCUCUGAUAACUAUAUCCGAGUCAUCAAGUUUUCAGGAAGAUUUAUCAAUGUUUGGAAAGGCUGAGGACUACAAAGACGCCAAACCGGAUCACAUUUACAUGGACCAUAUGGGUUUCGGCAUGGGAUGCUGCUGUUUGCAGGUUUCUUUUUUUCCAAUAAAAAAAAAUUUUUUUGAAGUAUAAAUACACGGUUUGUUUUUCGAUUUAAAAAGGAAAUAUUUGAAAAAGGAGAAAGUUUUUUUCAUUAGAAAAAGAAGGAAAUUUUUUUGAAUCGGUCUGCUUUUUUUAAUAUUAACAGUUAAAUGAACUACAAAAAUGCAACGCUUAUUUAUGAAAGAACAACCUAAUAUUAAUGCCAAAAAAGUUUCAGCUUUUUUUCCAUCGUUCAAAGUUUUUUUUUGGAGUUUUCUAUAAAUUUGCCCAGAAACUUCGGAAAGUUUGGGUUUACGAAAUUUCUAACUUUCCGUUUAGCACAGAGUCAAGCUUGCGACCAAUAAUACGGAACUUUGAAAAAUCGUAUUCCUAAAAAUUAAAGUACGUUGAGGUAGCAACUAUGACGAGACUUAAUGUAAACUUUCAAAUAGUUCGGACAGAUUAUUCAAAGCAAGUUCUAAAGUUGACACUAAAAUAACUUUCUUGUUAGUUUGCUAGAGCGCACUUUGAAGGUUUGAAAAACAACUCCAAUGAAGAUUUUUCGAUAUUUCUUUUCUUGAUGUGAAUUUGCUACUCGGGACUUUUUUUUGAUAGAAACUUGCUACUCGGGAUUUUAUUGAUAUAAAUUUGUAACUCGGAUUUUGGCAGGUGACCUUCCAAGCUGUCAAUGUGAACGAGGCUCGAUGGCUCUACGACCAGCUCACUCCAAUCACUCCGAUCCUGCUGGCUCUUUCUGCCGCGACGCCGAUUUUCCGGUCGAAAUUAUCGGAUGUUGACUCGCGAUGGGACAUCAUCAGUGCGGUAAGGACCGUGAGUGAAGAGAGUUUCUUCUAAUUUCGGGCUGUAGAGUGUCGACGACCGAACUCCAGAAGAACGGGGACUGGUUCCGCUUAAAAACUCCAAAUGGACAAUCUCCAAGAGUGUUCGUUGUUCUUCUGUCGUUUUAAAAUUUGAUAUUUAGUCAAAGAGCUUUUUGUCAUUUUUCAUUGAUUGUAAACCUAUCUAACCAGUAUUAAAAGAAACAUGUCUUAAUUUUUUGGUAGUAGAGAAUUUUUACGCGGAACUUUAAAAGGAAGGUUAUUUUACUAUGUGAUAGAUAAUUUUACUGAAAAAUGGCCAGAGUUUUCGAUGCAACAGUAGGUAAUUCCAAUUUGCACAACUUCCUGAUUUUCGAUAAAAACCAUCAAGUCCCUCAUAAAGCCAUAGUUUUGACUUCAUCCAUUGUUACUUGAAAUAGAGGAAGUUUGGCUGAUUACGGUUUUCAGACCUUACAGAAAAUUUCAAGGUUUUUAUUAAAACAACAGGAACUUUGGAAAAUAAGCCUUGAAAAAAGAGCGGCCCCUUCGAAACCCUUACUCAAACGUUACAAGUCUAAAAAAAGAUUACUGAAGAGAUCAUUUAUUUGUAGAGGUACGACAGUACGGACUGCUAUAUUUAUCCCUGCUCCGUGGGUUACAACGACAUCCCGCUGCAGUACGAUGAAGGCCUCUAUAAGCAGAUGCUGGACGGCGGAAUCGACGAGCCGCUCGCCAAACACAUCGCCCACAUGUUCAUCCGUGAUCCUCAUCAAGUCAUUUUUCGUUUUUUGAAAAGUUUUCGAAAAAGAAUUUUUCCAAAUAGAGCCCUCCUAGCAUCAACCCUAUAAAAGGCUCAAUUUUUUUCCAGGUGUUCCGCGAGCGAAUAGAACAGGAUGAUGAGAAGAGCAGCGAGCAUUUCGAGACGAUCCAAUCGUCCAACUGGAUGAACAUGCGAUUCAAGCCUCCGCCUCCAGAUGCCCCCGAAAUCGGAUGGCGCGUCGAGUUUCGGCCGACGGAGGUCUUCUUUUCUUCUUUUUUGUCUAUUUCUUCUUAGACGCGAACCACACGCGAAUCGGACGUGUCGUGGAAUUCCUAGUGACCACUACCGAGUGCACUUUUGAGUGAUCCUGCUCAAAAAAGUCCAGAGAGCAUCCGGUUUUCAUUACCGCGGUCCGAGUUAUCGUGAAAAUAAAAAGUAAAAAUAGUUCAACUUUAUUUUUUUCAUGUCGCAUUCCGAAAUCAUUAAAAAAAUGAAACGAAUACUUCUUCGCGAGCUUCUCUGCGUUUAAAAAGCGAGUUGAGACCUGAGUUCCUACGAGAGUUUUUUCAAAUUUCGGUUGCACAAAUUGCCUUUCUGAGCUUGUAUCUUCUGAUUUUAUGAUUAUUCUUUUGCUUAAUAACUGAACUUUGAAUGCGCUGUCUCUGUAUUUUUCGAAAUAUUCCGAAAGAUAUGUUUUGAGGGGCUAGAAAGAUGGAUCUCCGGGCUCAAGCUCACGGUGGAUGGAAAAAUUACUAGAAAAACACGAAAUUGUUGAAAUUGCAACUCAAAUUGUACCGUAAAGUUGAAAUUGCACCUGAAAUUGCAGUCCUAAUCGAUUGAUAUACAUCAUGUCUAGGAAAAAUUAAUCCCUUCUUAGAUACGUAGGCGCUCACUUGCCUACCCUAACCUGGCUAAAGUAGGAAGAAAUUGCUUAAAGGUUGCGUCCGCAUUUCUGAUUAUGAUAAAAUCAGGUUAAGUUUUUAAAAUCUUUAUUGUACCCGUUGUUUUUGAGAAUUACAGAGACUGCGUGUUCAGAGAGAAUAUCUGAUUGAAGAGAAUUAAUGAAAUGAAAAUAAGAGCUUUCUCCAACCCAGAAGUUUUGCAGGUCCAACUGACUGAUUUCGAAAAUGCCGCUUAUUGCUGUUUUGUCGUUCUUUUAACCAGGUGACUAUUCAUUCGUGUUGAGAAAAAAUUCUCCAAUCACAGAGUGAUUAUUUCGUUCCGCUUGACUUAUUUGUUGCCCAUCUCCAUGGUGACAGAAAACAUGAAGCGAGCUCAGAAAAGGGACGCAGUUCUUUCUCAAAAGUUCUUAUUCCGGUGAGAUUGUCUCUCAGUGGGGAUAGAAGAGUUCUUUUUGAAGAAAGGGUCUCGCAACGUGCAAUUCGGCCCCGGAGAGCUUGAAAGGGACCGCCAAAUGUGGUCCACCGAGCUCAGAUAUAGAAGAAAUGACGGUGGCAGAAAUCAUAAACGGUCGGUUCUUUGAUUUUUGCGAGAACGUUCGAGCUUUUUUUUGUUCGAAUAAUCAAAGAAAAAAAGGGAUUUAAAGUCGACUUUUCGACUGAUAUGUGAGAAGACACUGAGAAGCUCAGAACAGUCGAUUUUACUCAAAUCGGAGACUAGAGUUUCCAUGAGAAUUUUCCAGUAUAAGAAAUAAGCAUUCCUUUUGAGACCCAGCUGAGAAUCUUUUCGGAAGACUAAAUUGAAUGAGCAACACAGGUCUCGUGGGAGUAUGAAUUUUUUUUCAUCGGAUCCUCAUAAUUUACUCGUAAAAUAUUAUGUUAGCUUCAUAAGUUUCACCUGACUAACCAUCUUUUUAUUUUGCUUUUAAACGUUCUUCUCCUUUUGAUCGAAAUAUUCGAAUAUUAAUUCCAAAGCCAGGGUUUCAUCGAUAAAGGUUAAAUGAUUUGUUUAUUUCUCCCGAAAAGUGUUUGAAAGAAAAAAAAGGCCUGAAUUUCACCUAUUAGAUAAGCCGAGUCUUAUAUAGUCGAUGUGUCACAAGUUGAAAUUUCAUGGAACGACACUCCGCUGUUUCGAUUUGUGCGGUAGCGCGCAUCUUGUGAAUUGCCAACCUUGGCCACGCUAAUUUUUUUUGGUUUUAAUUCUAAUUUUGAUCGUUUUUAAAUUGUUUUAUUUCUUUAAAUCGUUGAAAAGCAUAAAAAGGUACAAAUAUAAACGAAAGAACACAGUAAAUUUCAUGAUCUUCCUCGAAAAGAGCGAUAAAAAAAGUGUUUUUGUUAAAGCCAUUUUUUAAUGUUUUCAUCGUUUUUUUUUCUGUUUGUUGCAGUGGUUAAUGGAUUUUUUCAGAAAGUAAGUGGCUUAUAAAAUGAAGACGUGUACGCACUAUGAAAUUGAGAGAUCGGUUUCAGUCAACGGUUUUUCACUGCUUAUUUAUCCUCUGGUUGAAUUAUUGGCAAUCCGAAAAACUUUAUUCAUCCAUUGCACUGCCAAAAAGUUCAUAAAACUAAAAAAUUAUCGAAGAAAAUGUAUUUGAAAACGGCAAAUUAUAUAAUGGGAAAGCGUGACCGAGAUCCGCAAAGGCAUUGAUUCUUCACAGCCACAAGGCCACCGAGCGGAGUGUCGUUCCAUGAAAUUUCAACUCGUGGCACAUCGACUAUAAGUAUUUGGAGAAAAUUUUGAAGUUCUCAAAUGUUAAGUAUAAAGUUAGCUUGUAUCAAGCAGAUGCGUGAUAUUGCGCCGAGAUUCAGAACUUUUUUGAACCUUCUGUGCUUAAAAACGUGAUUUCAGGAAAAGAAAAUGGGUUCCCUGGCUUGAUCAACCUGAUCAGACAAUAUCUUGAUGGAGCCGACGUUGAUGUUGACACUCGCUGUACCAUUUCUCAGUACUUGAACUUCAUUUCGGUUGGCUGAAAUUGGGUUGGACCUGGACUCGACUUCCUUUUCAGAAACGAGCGACCGGCGAGAUUUCAACUUUGGCGCAUUGGAUCCGCAAUUUCGUGACGAACCAUCCUCAGUAUAAGCACGACAGCGAGGUCAGCGACGAGAUCAUCUACGAACUCAUGAAAAAGGUCGGUUCUUUUUUUUCUUGAUUUAUUAUGAAAAACUUAAGAUUUUUGGAUUUUAAUUUCCUUUUAAAAAUCAACUAUCUAAUUUCAGAAAAAUUCGAAAAGCAAUUUCGCCCUCAUAUAAUUUAUUGCAAUACACUGCUCAAGAUUUUCCAAAAUUAGGAAGAAAAUAUAAACUUUUUUCGAAGUUUAAUUUGUUUUUUUUCUUAUAAUGAUAAAAAGGACAUAUUCUUUUUUUUUCAAAAAGUAAACUUUAAGAUGGAUGCGAUCUCUAGCGAAAAAGACCAUUGCGAGAAGUUGCUGGGCUGCUUCCGUUCGAAGACGGUCCAUUUGAUCCCGAGCUCAGUGCGGCGAGCCGAAGAAGGCCUCGUCAUGCAAAAUCAGAAGAGAACCCACUAA